AUGGCUCCCACCCGAUCCCAGCUCAUCGACACGGCAAACGCCUUCAUCGCCGCCUACAACCAAUGGACCGUCUCCGGCGUUCUCUCCAUACGAAGCGCCUCAUGCACGCACCGCGUCCUCCCCGGGAAUCAACCGGCCAGAACCAAGGCUGAGUUUGGAGAGUUUCUCGAGCGCACGAUUCCCGCCAUCCGCAACUUUCGCCUACACGCCGUGGACACGUCGCCAUGGAUUGUGGAUGUCGAGAUGAGGAGAGUCACGAUGCACUUGAAGAGCACGGGGGAGUCGGAUCUGGGGGCGUACAAUAACGAGUACAUUUUUGUGAUUACCGUCAGUGAGGAUGGGGAAAAGGUGGAUGAGAUUCUGGAGUUUUUGGACAGUUUGUAUUCGUCGGAGUUUGUGAGCAACUUGGCUAAGAAAACGGGAACGGCAUUGGGAUAG